CCGAACAACAUCGUUUUUUUGCAGAUGCUGCAUCGAUCUCUCGUGUUCGUGCUACACCAUGAAGUGAUCCACACACACCGAUCAAUCUAGCUGCUUCAUCAAGUCAGGAGGUGCCUCUGUUGCGUGUCCGGCCUGACACCAUUCACGUGGUACUUAAUGCAAGCAGAGACCUUUUGGCGGAUGGAUGCACACCGUCUCAACACCUCCUUGUGGACGGAUUUAUGGCCAUGCACGGAGGGGCGCGCGAGCGUCAUUGUUUUUCUUUUCAUUGUAAUGUGCUAGCGCCCAUUCUCCUUGUCACUCUUCAUUGGUUUGUCUUGAGAACGAUCUCUGACCAUGUGCGUGACCGUAAAGAAGAUCUAUUGAUUCGCAUCCCCGUCCGGCACUAUGAAGAUUUACUGCUGGCGGGAACGCUUUGAUUGACGACGGUUGUAACACCGACUGCCAGCAUCAGAUAAGAAAUCGCCGCGUGCGCUCUCGUUCCAGUCUUUUGCUUAUUGUAACGCUGCACGAACUCGGUCCUCGGUGAAACGUCCUUCACCGGCACGUUUACUUCGAACACACGAGCUUCUGACAAUGCCACACCUUUGCAAGCAAGGACUUCUUGCGACGCGCGGGCCUGUUGUAUGGAGCUCGAGGAUAUCGAGCCGAAGUAAUGUCACACUAUCUUGUGCUGCAACAUGAAUUCGUCGAUACAAACUCAAGAGUAAAUUAAUAGAUUACCACUUCCCCCAGAUAUACCUGUCAGGAACUGGUAAUACAUUGCUUAUUUCUCUAAUAUUUGCAUUUGAUGCAUUACUUCAGGUAGAGCAUCCCAAUCCUUAGCAAUACCUAGCAACAUGGCUGUUUAGUGCUUUGAUUGCGGCUGUUUUUUUAGUUUUACUAUAGGCUAACUUGGUUCGCUCUGCCGUAGUUCUCUGGAUGUUGGUUUUCCUUCAAUCCUUGAACCCGGUAGGGUAAAUCUCAUCUAAAAAAAAUGCGCUUCGUCGUGGUUCUCUCGAUGUUGGUCUUCCUCCAAUCCCUGAACCCGAAUUAAUGUUAAUGACGACAUCGUCAUGACCAGGUAAGGAAGGAUGGGAUGGUGCAGGUGGUCGAGUCCGAAGUAAAGGUAUAGCUGGAUCGAUCUGGUUAUCCUGAGUAAAAACGUACCCACACCAGAGUCAGGUUGGGGAUUUUGCAACACAAUCCUAGGAG